GUGGACAAAAACAGUCACAUAAAAUCUCUCUGUUUCCGUGUGAUUAUUCCGAUGAAACAUUAUUAAAACUACACCUAUAAUCUGAAUCAGUCUGCAUACAGUCAAUUUCAAUCAUCGCCGUCUCCUUGUUUUAUGUCGCAAUUUGAUUGGCUCCGAGUCUAGAUAAAACAAUCUGAAAAGAAGCAUAUAAUAAUGUACUAUUGUUAACGGAUUAGCUGUUAUUAAAACUUAAUGUUCUAAGGAUUUAUAUGUUUUCCUUAAAAAAUUGAAAAAAGUAUUAAAGCUUAUCAGCGAAUCGGGUAUGAUAUCAACGCUUCGGAAAAUAAUUGUUCAGAGAAUAAAAUCGUCAAAGGAAGUAUAGGAUUUUACAGCAGCUAUUGGAAAAUACUGAUUGCUUUAACACACGUUAACAUCAUGACGGAAGCUAAAGAGGAUAUAACUAAAUUGAAGAAGAAUUUUAUGCAAGUUUACGGUAUGGACUAUGUAAAUGCAAGCCGUAUACUUAAAACCAAAUAUCAGCGCAGCAAGAACAAAGAUGGACUCACAUUAGCAGAGAGAAUAAAAAUGGGUCGUUAUGGCAGUGGACAAGGUCAGUAUGAAAUGGAAAGAAAUGACAGUGCUUUUGAAAGUGUUGACAUAGAUUAUGGUGAACUAGACGACGAAAAGAGAACGCCAACACCGGAACCAACACGAUCUCCACCUAAGGAACAGAACAUGGACCAAACACCAAGGGGAAGCCGUCAACGUCCUAUUAGAGGUGAUUCAAGACGGUCUCUGUCAGAAACUCCACCACUUCCUCCCAUAAAGCAAAAUCCAGACACUCCGAGAUUAGAGAGGAAGAAUAAUCCAAAUCAAGACUCACCUGGAAGAUCCAGCAGUCAGGUAAAACAGCGGCAAGUACUUCCUCCAAUAAAAGGAAAUGGAGGUUCAUCUGGUAGUUAUGCUGUCGAAGAUGAUCCUUCUCGUGAUAAUGUCACACGGCCAAGAGAUGAUCGACAAUUUGAUCCGGAUAUUGGCGUUGGUGUCAUGGUAAUAGGAACACAAAACCCACGAUCAAGGUCUCCUGAACGAAGUUCUAUGAAACGUUCCAAGUCUAGAUCGCCUAAAAAUAUCAUUAUACAUAAUCAUACAUCUAGACAAAGGUCUCAUGAGAGAUCUAGAUCACGAGAACGAGAUCGAAGAAGAUCUCGAUCAAGAUCACCUGAAAUCAAUGUUAACGUUAUCAACACGCGAUCUAGAUCAAGUUCGACAAAUCGUCGCAGAUCCAGAAGUUCGUCGUCAAGAAGACGGCGUAAAUCACGGUCUCGCACUCAAUCAAGAGAUAAGCGUCAUAUUGUUAUUGUCAAUAGAUCUAAUAGUAGAUCUAGAUCUAAGGACAGACAUAGCAGACGUUAUUCGCGAAGUCGAAGUAAAAGUUGUUCAACUUCACGACGACAUAGAACGCGUAGUAGAAGUAGUUCUGUUGAUGUAAAGAUAGUAAACACAUCAAGACGUCGGAAAUCACGAUCAAGGUCAUCUUCCAGGGGAAGAAGGAGAUCAAGAUCAACAUCAACAUCAAGAGGAAGAAGGAAAACAAGAUCACAUUCUCGCGAAAAGAAAAUUAUUGUUCAUAAAGGGCGUUCACGUUCACCAUCAAGAGGUAGAAAAAGAAGAAGUUCGAGUCCUAGAAAGCGAUCAUUGUCUCGGGGAAGAUCUCAUGAAAGGAGACAUUCAUCAAGAUCAAGAAGCCGAUCUCUUAGCUUCGAUAUCAAUAGUAAAAGUAGAAGACACAGAAAUAGUUCUAGUCCAGAUCGAAAGCAUUCGAAAGAUAAAGGAAAGCAACCUCUUAAGAAGAAAGAACUAAACUGGAAGCGUUCAACUAGUAGAUCACCAUCUUCAGAUCGUCGUCGCAGAAGUCCAUCACCAAUCAGAGCUGUUGCAGCCGCAGCAAGACCAAGGGAAGUUGCCCGCGCAGAGACUAGCGAAAAAGCUCGAUCGGGCAAUUCUCCAUCGUCUUCACGUAAAGCGAAUGACCAACGACUGCCAUCGUCUUUAGCAAUAGAAUUAAAUUCUCCGUCGAGACGAUCAGCGCCUUCUGACACAAAAUAUCCAUCGAACAAUAAGCCUACUCGUGGUUCAAAAACAGGGAAAAAUGACGACGAAAUGAAAGGAAUUAUAGAGCAGUUAGAUCAGUUAGCAGAUUAUAAUCUUAACUCUAUUAUGGGUAAAUCGAAUGAUUCUUCGAAGCCUAAAGUAGAUGAAAAAGUUAUCAAAGAAUAUUUAGGAGAUAACUACCAGAAAAAGAUGGACAAAUUUUUACAUAGUUAGUGUAAAUGACUACUUAAAAUGUUAUAUCCUUGACAUGUAAGCAGUGUAUAUAUGUUAUGAAUAUGAAUGACGGCAAACAAUGUAUCUGAUGCUAAACGCGAUAUAAAUUAGUGUAAUUCUCAAAAGAAGUCGACAACAACAAAAAAUCUCAAUGGAGCCAUUCGACCAAAUAUAUAGUGAAAAGAAGGACUUGUACAAUUUUAAUGUGCAAAGUUAAUAUUGGGGACUUAUUUUUAUAUAAAUCAUAUGCAUUGCAAAACUGUAUAAAUUAGCAGAGUUAUAUAAUUAGAUUUGUGAAAUUUGUGACGGGCUACUUUAGUACAUUAAAUUGGUGUAUAUUAUUCUAUCUUUCUGAUUGUUUGAAUAAGGAAAGUCAGAGACCGACAUUACCAUUAUAUCCAUAAAAUUGGGUUGUAAUAUUAUAUAUAUCCGUUUCUUAACAUGAAACGUGUUUCUUGUUUGUAGAAGGGGGGAUAUUAUUAAUAAUGUAUGCUCAAAUUUUGUUUUUGUUGAAGCUGGGUUUUUCCAACGGAUUAAAAUAUCAAAAAAGUAUUAAAGAGUUUAUAUAAAAAUCGUGUGAGAGCAAUUUUAUCCUAGAAAAAUAAAUAAAAAGAAUUCCCCAAAAAAUAUACCAUUUACAUCAAUAACAUAAUUUAAUUAUUCUUAUAUAUGUAUCUGCAAAUAACAUGACAUCUUGUUGUUUUCAUUUGCCUCGCUUACAUGGACCAAGUUUUGCAGUUUAAUUUUGAAUUAGGUUUUUGUUAUCGACAAUAAGUUGAUAUUUUAAGAAAUAUGCUUCAAAUCGACUCAACAGAUGUAUCAAACAUAUAUAGCACAGCAGAGGAUAUGUGUUACUAUUGUUUUGAAAUUGGAAAAUUAUUAUAUUUAUAAAUUUCCGUUAAUGAAUUUGUGAUAAGUUCUUGACCUUCGAUCGUUUUUUGAUUAUUUACAAUAAGCUGUUCAUUGAUUGUAAAGUAACAUUAAACUGGUAGCUAUUUGUCCAAGGUACUUGAUCUAUUCUUGCUGGUUGGUAAAUGUUUGUUUUUUUUCGUAUACUGAGUAUAAUUUUCAAAGGACAGAAAAUAACAUCAAAUAUUUAAAGAUAGCACAAUUCUAACACCGCGGGUGUUUUAUAAGUUUUGCCUGAUUGAUUUUUUUUUCAAUUAUUUAAUUUUAUUUUUGGGUUGCACCUCCCAAGUGCUAUACCAUUUUCCAAACGAAUGCUGUAGAAAGCUUAGCUUUAUUUUCUUAAUGUUGUAUUGAUAUUUAUACUUUUUAUUCAUGUGUGUGAUAUUUUGUGCUUUUCGAAAACUUGUAAUAUACCAAUGAAAAUUUGUCGAUUGCUUCUACGGUAAACUUCAGUUUAGUUCCAUUUCUUAUGAAUGGCGUUAAGAUGUUUAAAAUCCAAGGACUACAUUAUACUCACUUGUUCUAGACCGAUUGUAAGAUAAAAAAUAUAAGAAUUUGUAACUCGCAGAGUUGAACAGUGGGAACAAAUUGGCAAAAUACGUAUAAAUACAUUGUAUUAUCCAAGAAGUACAACAAUGACAUCUGUUACUUAAGCUUGUUAUAUAUACAUGUUCACUUUAUAUGUAGCUAUUAAAUGUAAGUACCUAUAUAUUUUUUUCGACCAAAGAUGUGAUAUUUUAUAACAGUCUGUGAUAAAUAUGUAUUAAAUUGUUGUUGUUGCUGAUGUUAUUAUUGUUAAAUGUUUACUAUUUCUAUUUCAAAUUGAUUGGCUUGUGCAAUAAAGCAUCAAUUUUCCAAA